AUGUCUUCUCCCAACUUUGGCUUCUCUCCGUGGAGGAGGCGAGCUUCCUCGCUGAGCUCCCAGAGGAACAACGAGACCAACCCCGAGAAUCCGCUUCUUAGUCCUGGUCGCAACUCCCAGCUGGCCAGCGCAGACAGACUAUCGUCCUCUGUUUCGACUCCCGUGGAUAGUGCCCAGUACGCCCGCAGCGUUCGCGAAGAUACGGCAGAGCUCGCCUCGUACCUCCUAUCGGACAAGAAGACGGGCCAGAGUCCGGCGUUCCUCUCCCGCCAGCGCUCUCAGAACUCCCAACUCGCGCGAGAGACGGCCAUUUCAGACAACGAGGAGGACGAUGUGGGAAGCGCGCACGUUACCAGCUCCGAUACCAUUCAGGAGGUUUCUGAGCCGGCAUCGCCAGAGGAAGGGGAGGAGGAAAUUCCCGAGGACGGCCCCUCAAUCCUGACGAGCUUGCUGAAGAGAUCACCGCCGCAAUCGCACCGCGAACCCUCUCCUGAAGCUCGACCUCACUCCCAGCAGUCCCACUCGGAAGUCGAUGAACCGAAGCCGAAGCGAUCGCCGUCCAGAGAAAGACCCGAGCGGGAGCCGGAGGUGCAGCGUUCGUACGAGGCUGUUGUGGAGGAACCGACCGAGCGCACACCGUUGAUACCGAGGCUAUCCUCCGACAGCUUCAGCACAGAUGGGAGCACCAAUGGGGUCGACGUUGAGGGGCAAAAACAAAUGCCCAAAAAGCAUUGGUUCCGUGGCUUGAAGGACCUGACGGUCAACGUCGAGGAUCACAUUGUCCAUGGCGUCCAAAUCGCGACAAGCCCCAAAAUUUGGGAUCGUAAAGUUCUAUGGCAGAAUGCCGUGGUUGCGCCAGUGUCGUGUUUGCCCGCUGUCAUUGUGGGUUUGUUGCUGAAUGUACUCGAUGCUUUGUCUUACGGCAUGAUUCUCUUCCCUCUUGGCAAGCCUAUUUUUGCCGGUCUCGGCUCGGCUGGCAUUUCGAUCUUCUAUGUCAGCACCAUUGUCUCGCAAUUGACGUUUUCAUUUGGCAGUAUUUUCAAGGGUGGUGUUGGCUCCGAACUUAUCGAAGUCGUGCCAUUCUUCCACAACAUGGCCGAAACGAUCACCAACCACAUUGGCCAGGAUCAGCCUGAUGCUGUGAUCGCGACGACUAUCGUCUCUUAUGCGAUUAGCUCAAUGAUGACAGGAACUGUCUUCUACCUCAUGGGCAAGUUCAACUUCGGGUACAUGGUUGGCUUCAUCCCGCGCCACAUUCUGAUUGGCUGCAUCGGCGGUGUUGGCUGGUUCCUGGUUGCUACAGGCUUCGAGGUGUCAGCCCGCAUGGACGGUAGCCUCGAAUACGACCUCGAUACCCUCCACAAGCUCUUCCAGACCGAUACAAUCCCUCUCUGGGUGACCCCCCUCAUCCUGGCUAUAAUCCUCUUCUACAGCCAGGCCAAGGGAGCGUCAAAGUACUUCUUGCCGCUGUACAUCAUUUCCAUUCCGAUUGUCUUCUACUUCUUUGUAUUUUCUUUGGACGCGCUCGAGCCCGAUUCCCUCCGUGAUCAUGGCUGGAUCUUUGAAGGCCCCCCGGCUGAUGAGCCGUGGUGGUACUUCUAUACGCUGUACAAAUUUCACCUCGUCGAAUGGGAUGCUGUGCUGGAGUGUAUUCCCGCCAUGCUUGCCCUUACUUUCUUCGGCAUUUUACAUGUCCCCAUCAACGUCCCGGCCCUUGCGCUACAGACAGGCGAAGAUAACGCUGAUCUUGAUCGCGAGCUGAAGCUUCACGGCGCUUCCAACUUCAUCUCUGGCCUCGCUGGUAGCAUCCAAAACUACCUCGUCUAUGCCAACACUGUUUUCUUCAUGCGUUCCGGAGGAGACAGCAGGCUCGCCGGUAUCAUGCUAGCUGCUCUGACCUUUGGUGUAAUGAUUGUCGGGCCGAAGAUCAUAGGCUUCAUUCCCAUCAUGAUGGUCGGCACCCUGAUUUUUGACCUGGGAUUUGAGCUUCUUCUCGAGGCUGUUUGGCUUCCGAGGAAGAAGCUGAAGCUGGCAGAAUAUCUCACGGUGAUCGUCAUUGUCCUCGUUAUGGGCAUCUACGACUUUGUCAUCGGUAUCGGUGUGGGUAUCAUACUAGCGUUUGUCUCCUUGAUCUUUCAGACAUCGAGGGUUCCUGCGGUGCGAGCAAGCUACACGGGCGAGAUCGUCGGCUCCACCGUGCGCAGAAACCCCUCGCAGCACCAUUACCUGCAGGAAGUUCGUCGACAAAUAUACAUCGUCAAGCUUACGGGCUUCCUCUUCUUCGGCACUGUGGUCAGCGUCGAAGAGAAGAUUCGAGCUCUCAUCGACGACGGAGCCUUUACUGAGAGGCCCAUCAAAUAUCUCAUCCUCGACCUGUACCAUGUUACAGGCCUGGACUACUCAGCUGGUGAGGCUUUCAAUACCAUCAGCAGAUUGCUUGACAACAAGGGCAUCAUUCUUGUUAUUAGCGGGAAGGAUGCGGAGAGUGAAGUUGGCAGAAACUUGAGACAGGUGGGACUGCUAGGAGAUGACGACAUCGAAGUCACGCUGCUGCCAGACCUCAACUCGGCCCUCGAGAGCUGCGAGAACGAGCUUCUCAAGACGCUAUACGCAAGCCAGCAAGAGCUUCGCAAGAAUAACCGCCACGCACCAACGGCCAACCUCGACGUACCAGCGGCGAAGUCAGAUGGAGGAUCCUUCGACAUUGUCAUCAACUCGCCGAGACGUAACCAGCUCCACGAGGCGGCGAGAAAUGCAUUGGCGAACACAGAACCUUUGGGGACGACUAGGUGGCAGAGCUUUAAGGAACCGCUGCGACUGAUGUUGCAAAUUUUCCAGGGCUUAAGUGAGAAGAACGAAGACUUCUGGUUCAGAGCUGUUGGCUACUUUGUCAAGAAGGAGUACAGGGCAGGUACCGUCCUGUUCAAGAGAGGCGAAGUCGCAAAGGGCUUUUACCUGGUUGAGCACGGCAUUCUUCGCUGUGAUUACGACCUGCCCCAAGGCUCACUGACGGAGAGCAUCGUCGCCGGUACAACGUGCGGCGAGCUUCCCUUCUUCUCGGAGACGGACCGUACAGCUACGGUCACCGUGGACAGGGAUUGCGUGGUAUGGAGGAUGGACAAGGAGGGAUGGGAGCGGCUGCAGAAAGACCAGCCGGACGUCGCGCAGGAGUUGCUCAGAAUGUCGCUGAAACUGACGAGCGAGCGUAUGACGUCUAUUACGUCGUACAUCCUGACUAUGGCGGGAUAA